UGAGCUUGGCUGGAGCCAGUGCAGGCCGCCGUUGCAUGCGGCACACAAUAUUGCGUGCGGUGGCACCGGCGGCAGAAGGUGUCAGCAAUCUGCCCACAGAACUAGCCGACCAGGCUGUGCUAUCCUAUGCCCCUUGCCCACGCCCAGCCUAGCUGACCUCCCCUCCUAUCCUUCGCCUCCCAGUCUCACGAUCCCUCCGGUUCUCUGCCCUUUCCGCCACUCUAGCUACCAACCCAUCUCACCCUCACCGCCCCAACGGUUUUUUUCGUAAUUUCCCUAAUACCUCGCAUCAAGACACCCCGCCACGGCGCGUCAUCGUCUCUCUUCCUCGUGGUCUAGAGACUUGCCAGCCCAGGCUGGGGUAAAACCGGUGCAUACCGGUGCAUAGCACCUCGGUCCGCGACUCUCUGGCCUUUCCACUGUUAUCCCCGCACAAUGGCGAGGGCCGCCGGGUGCAGACGAGGAGACGGGGCCGCGAGGUGUCGGCCUUGUCCCGUCACAUCUCGCUCCGCCUUUUCCCUUGCGAUCGCCGUGGCUGUGUGUAGCGUCGGCGUCGGCGCUGCCGCCGUCUCGGGUCGCGAUGGCUCUUCAGCAGCCACCAAAAUCAUAUUUUCUUCUCUCGCGGGGCAGGCCUUCGCGCCUGAGGACGUGGUUACUGUAAAGUACACGUCCCCCCUGGCCUGGCCCGUCCUCACCACCUGGUGUGACCCGGCCAGUCCAAGACAAGAGAGCAUCCAAAAAGCUCACCCCUUUUCUAGCCAGUUGACCCUUUCGCUUUCGAGGAUACGGCUGGACAGCGGUGACGAGUCGGAGGAGAAGGUGUGCUGGUUUAACCUCGGGUCCCUCGACGAUCCAGACCAGCCAAGCACCAAUAGCGACAGGUUUAUCGUGACGAGGAGGAGAGGUCGGAGGAAAGCCGGAAACGACGAUGACCAUGACGAAAAGCAACUCGAGCUGCGAGACGACGGAACCCCACGGGGCACCAGGACGGUCGAGCCACGCGAGCAGCACAAGCGAGCGACGCCCGACAUACCGGCGCCGACGGCGCAGCAGACGAGCGGGCCGUCGGACGCCUUCAUCAACUGCCCCAGCGACAACCUGACGGUGUACACGGAGCCCGUGACGGCCAAGCGGUACGUGGUGCUGUGCGGACGCGACUACAGCUCCGACUUUGGCGCCUGGGACAUACGCUCCCUGCCGUCGCCCAACACCAACGAGUGCAUCGCGCGCUGCGCCUCGGACAAGACGGGCUGCACCGCCGUCGGCUGGGGCGACUACCGCGGCAACUUCACCUGCUUCAUGAAGCGCUCCAUCGGCGAGCCCAACAACGCCCCCGCCUGGCGCGUCGCCGUCGAGGACCCCUCGCAGCGCGGCACCGGCGCCACGCCCCGUCCCGAGCUCGCCACCACCGCUGCCGCCCAGAACCCCGGCGACGGCGGCACCGGCCUCAGCGGCGACGCCAAGGCCGGCAUCGGUGUCGGCGUCACCCUGGGCGUCAUCAUGAUCAUCGCCGGCGCCGUCGCCAUCUGGUACUUUGAGCAGCGCCGCCAGCUGCGCCAGCGCGCCCGCGAGAUCGAGGAGCGCAAGCUCGAGGCCGCCAGCGGCUCCACCGACGGCGGCGGCUCCUCGCCGCGCGUCGGCCCGCCCACGCGCGGCAGCAGCUACCGGUCCGACCGACAGCAGACGGCGGCGGGGGCGGCAGCAGGAAUGGCAGCGAUACCACCGAACGCGGUGGGCAGCGGCAGCAGCGACGCCGCGGCGGGCGCGAUGAAUCCCCAGGCCGCGGGCAGCAUCCGCAGCACCGGCAGCGGCGGCGCUGCUGCUCGGGGCGCGCCGGGCAGCGAGGGCAACGAAGGCACAGACGCCACGACGCCGCCGGGCCUGGCGCACGUGUCGGGCUACCUCCGGCAGCAGCAGCAGUUCAUCCUCGACAGCUGCAAGCAGCAAGGGGGCGGCGGCGGCGGCGAAUCGUCCACCACCUCGACGACGCCUCCCCAAAAGCCCGAGCGGGCAUGGACGGGCGUUUCCGACGGCACGCCCUCGGGCCACGAGAGCGUCGUCUCGCCCUGGAGCGCCACAGGGGCCGGCCCGGCGUCGGCGGCGGCGUCGGAGCUGCCGGUGCGCGAGGGCUACCAGGGCUACGGCCCCGAGUACGAGAUGCCGUCGGGCGCCGAGCCGGGCGGCCGCGCCCCGCGCCCGCACCACCCGGGGCCGCUCUGGGGCGCCGAGGCGGCCGAGCAGAAGUUCCUGCUGUCCGACAUGGCCGCUAUGAAGAUGCGCGUGGCCCCGGACGACAGGACCGAGCUUCCGUGAUGCGCGGGGCCAUGUACGGCUAUGGGUUUUACGUAGCUAGGGAUUUCUUGUUUUCCUCUAGCGGGUCAUUGCGAAAGGCGUUUUUCCAAGGUUUUAUGUAGCUGGGGAAUUUACAAUCUUGACACGCAGGCUACCGUUGGAUGCAAGAUUCAGAUGUGUAUGUUGUAUGGUUAGUAAUUUUCACGGUAUAUACCGGACCUACUGGGGCUG